ACAGCUUCUCCCCCGUCCCCGUGACGUCACUCGCUUCCAUUCUUCCCCUUUAUCUGCUUUACCAUCGGAUCUCCUUUCUAGUCCCUUAUCUGCUCUAAUAUUUAUAUCCCUUUAUUACACUCCCCCUUCCCCUAACCUUGUUUCCAGCUUUAUCCCUCCCAUCUGUCUCUCACCGCCACCCAUAUUCCUUCUCACUCCCUCCUGUGUCUAUCCCCUCCUUCUCAUCCAGCUCUUACUCCCCUCCUCCCCCCAGAAUGAUUAGUUUCAUUAGAAGUGGAGCAGGCGCUGAAGGUUUCUUGUUUCCAGGAUGGAGUUACUGACCAGCCUGCUGUGCCUGUAUAAAGUUUAACUACAGCCCAAACAGUUAUUUGUCCUUACUACUGCACAACAGCAUUAACCUCACAUUUCAACACACAGGCCUUGGGGACUCUGCAUCAGACAAAAUGUGGAAACUCAAUAAGAGCAAAGUUUUAAUAGAAGAUUCACCUGAUGAAGAAAUCCAGGCUCAGCCGGAUACCCAGAGUAAAGACCAGCUGCUACAGGAGGAACUACAUUCCCCAGUGUCACAACUUGCUACAAAGGUGCAGGGUGCAAGUUUUCGAGGCUGGAAAGAAGUGACCUCUAUAUUUAACAAAGAUGACGAACAGCAUCUGUUAAAAGGAGCAAAAUCACCUAAAACUAAAGUAGCUUCUGUGAAAACAAAAGAAGAAGUGAAGGCAGAAAAAAAAUCUGGCUUUUGGGACAGUUUGGCAAUAAAACAGAAUGCACAGCCAAAGAAAGCUGAUGAAAUUGAGGGAUGGGAUCCGCCACAGAUCACUGUAGAGGAGCACCCAUGUUUCACUGAUGAUCCAUUAGAAGAUCAUCAUUCCUGGCCAGGCUGGGAAGACGAAACCAAAGGAUCAACUAAAUAUACAAACUUAAUGAGUUCAGGAAACAGCUCUAAAUGGAGUAUUAAAUCUGCUGGUAAAUUAGUUAGUAUUAGACGAAGGAGCAAGGGCAACCUUACAGAGAAUUGGGAAGAGUUAGACUGAACGUUUUAGCGACCUAAAAAAUAUGCAAUAUAUUUCCUCUGAGAGUAGCAGGUUCCAUGACUUUCAUGUUGUCAUUUUAUACCAAGGUCUAAGUAUUGUAUUCUUAUGUACUUUUUUAUAUUUAUCUGAAUCUCUAAGAAGUCAAUUUGCACUUCUAUUUUGUUUUUCUCCAUUUAAUAGAAUGACAUAACCAUAGUUUCAACAAUACCUGUGAAAGAUUAGGGUGCCUUGAUUGUGCCUCUAUUAUAGUUUAAAAAAAAAAAAAGAAAAGAAAAAAAAAAAAAAAUACUUGGUUUUACCAAAAAAAGUAAUUCCUUAGUGAAUGUAUACACUGGUUGUAAUUUAGACUGCCUUAUACUGUUUCCAGUAAAGGUUUUGCCUUGCACAUUGAACAGUCAAGUGCCUGUAUUUCACCUUGAUAAUGUAUUUUGUGAUGCACAGCUUAAUUUAUUGAUAAGUUAAUUUACCUAUUUCAGUUGCUUUUAUGAGAAGAAUUCUAGUAUCAUUUUGUUCUUAAGAUAAAAUAAUUCAAGUAUGUUUUGUAUAGACGUAAGCUCCAGACUACAAUCAGUAUGAGAACAAAAUGUGCUACAAUAGCUAAUCACUUAAUAUAUGUAUUAUGAUAACACUAAACAGAAAAGCUAGUGUUUAUAUUGUGCUUUUAAAUAUGGGAGAAACACAUUUCUCCUAUUAAAUGAUUGUGUGAAUUUUACUGUCUGCAGGGUUCAGUUUCUUUAGAUAAUAUAUUUGUAUAUAUACUUAGAAGGUUAUUCCUGAAGGUAAAACUUUGUAUUGUAAAUGAAGAGGCAUACUAUAACUGUAUUGCAGGGGUUUCUUGUAAAACUGACAUUUUGCUGAUAUGCAUGGUUUUUGUCUGAGACUUUACCAAGAUGAAAUAAUUUAGACUGACAACAUUGGUCAGUGACUCAGUGCAACGUAACACUGAUUCUGUAACUUGAAGCCAGUUUUGUAAGUGUCACUAUCAAAGUACCUGAAAACCAUUCUUUGUAGUUUUUCAUCUUGAAUAAAGAAUUAAUUUGAACCAAGAA